AUGCCCAGAACUAUCACAACGGAUCAAGGUCGUCAAUUCGAAUCUGGACUUUUCAAACGUCUCACCUCUACAUUUGGGAUUGAACGUCUACGGACCACCAGUUAUCACCCACAACCCAAUGGUAUGGUCGAACGUUUUCACCGUCAUCUAAAAGCGGCCAUCAUCUGUCACCCGGAAUCAAGCUGGCUCCAAGCCCUCCCUCUAGUCCUGCUUGGUAUCCGAAACGUAUACAGAGAAGAUUUAACAACGUCCUCUGCUGAACUAGUAUACGGAGAACCCUUACGUCUACCUGGAUCACUCCUUGCCAGCCCUCCGGGGUUGGGACGCAGUGAAGACAUCUCUGACCUUGUUAUCAGGCUGCAACGUCAAACAUCUCGCCUUCAACCUGUCUCUGGCUCAGCUCACAGCAAACCUCAGACAUUUGUCUUCCAGGAAUUAUCAACAUGCACUCAUGUUUUCUUACGUGACGAUACUGUGCGUCGAGCCCUGCAACCUCCCUACAGCGGACCUCACAAAGUGCUCAGCCGUGACGACAAAACUAUGACCAUCCAGAUCGCAGAUAGAAGCUCUAAAGUAAGCAUUGACAGAGUGAAGCCUGCUUACAUCCUACCUGACCCUUCCCCAAAGCCUCAACCAAGAAGCGCCCACACACCGGUACCCAGCAUCGAUACACCUGCUGCAGACCCGGACAACGCAACACCAGAGUACGCUACCAGAUUUGGUCGCAAUGUGCGUUUACGGCUUGAUCCCUGA